AUGUUCAUGAGCGAUGGAUUACUUCGGGUUUUUUGGCCAUAUGAUCUACCACGGUCCUCUAAUGCGGGAGUAAUUGUCGGGUGGCGCAAUUCGGAGCUCGAUCUGUUCGUGCUCACGGUGUUGGAGGAUGUCGAGCCGCGUAAUGUCGACAAUGCGCUUCGUGCCGGUAUCCUUUUUCGAAAUGCGCCGCAUCCCAUCGUUCGCAUAUUCACUUUGUGCGGUCGAUCGCAAAUGCAUGUUCUCGGUUCGACAAAUCCUCGAUCACCCCCGGAUGCCUUCAACCCCUCUCAUCUGUACGUGAAUACAAAGACCAGCACCAAGGCGCCGCAGAUAUACUGUCCACCGGACAUGAAUCUGUCAGUGCAGGUCAUCAUGUAUGAUCGUCCGCACCCAACUCGCAUGGAGUAUAUGUCCUUGAACCCAAUCUCUUUGGCCCUGGGUGAUAAGGCAGCAUCCGCAAAGAAGCUCGGCCUGGUCUCGGACAAAAUCGAUUCUGAAGAGGAAAAAGACAAAGCACGAGCUCAGGCGCUCGUUGAAAAACUGAAGUUCCAUACCGUUGUGAAGCACGCGCCGUCCCAGAAAGAGCAAGCUCUGCCGCUCAUCAUCAAUCAAAUCAAUUGUGCUUAUGAAAUGGCGCAACUGAUGCACAAGAACACCAAUCUCAUCGGGAUCCGUGCCAAGCGAAGCAUGAGUGUGGGAGAGCGAGUGGUCGAGUCUGCCACCACAUUGUGGGGGUUUGUUGUCCUGUGUCUGGCUCAUGUCUUUUGGCAGUGGAUGUGGCCUGUCAUCACAAGAGUUUUUGUGAUCGGUUUGGUGGGACAUCGAUCUGUCGCUGAGGUGGUUCUGCAAGUUCUUGAGUGGAGGGCUCGGCCAGAUGCGGCGGCUAUCAAGGACAUUUCUGCAACUGCCCAGCAAGUGGACAUACGAUUGCAGCAGUUUUGUUACUGGCCGAUUCAAUAUGUCAAGCUUCGCCAACGAAAGGACAAUUGGGAGAGCGUCACCACCAGUCAUCCUGACUACAUUCGUUUCUACAAUAGCUUAUGGCUUGUGGCGAAUGAUGUGAUUAUCGGAAUUGCUCUGGGGUCUUAUAUCAUUGACAAUGCAAACUGGGUGGCCUCUCAGAUCAACACCGUCCUCACCGGUUGGACGGUGGAGGGCUUGCAACGAACGAUUUCGUGGCUGAUGGACUGGCCGGCCGGGUUGAAGCUGAACAAUGAACUGGCAGCAUUUCUCGGCGACUUGUUCCUCUGGGUCAUUGAGAAUUGGGCGGCCUUGAUUGCCAAUCUGCAACCGUAUCUCCCCAGCAUCAUCUACGUUGUGGGUUGUUCGAGCUUCGCCGGUGCAAGCAUGCCCAUCGCCCUCUUCUCCGACCUGUUGUCAAUUCUCACUGUCCACAUUUAUUCUUUCUACAUCGCCUCUGCCAGGAUUUUCAACUGGCAGCUGACCAUCAUCAUCUCUCUUUUCCAUCUUUUUCGCGGAAAAAAGCGCAAUGUCUUGCGCAACCGGAUAGACUCUUGCGAUUAUGACCUCGACCAGCUUUUGCUGGGCACCAUCUUGUUUACAGUUCUCUUCUUCCUCCUUCCGACCGUCAUCGUGUUCUACCUGACAUUUGCUUCGGCGCGAAUGUUGAUCAUUUCCAUGAAAGCCGGCUUCGAUACCUGUCUGGCAUUCUUGAACCAUUUCCCCCUCUUUGCCCUCAUGCUAAGGGUCAAAGACUCGCGCCGUCUGCCAGGCGGUAUCCGAUUUGAAUUACGGGAAUCUUUGGGCAGAGACCUCAAACCAACGGAUUCUCCUGCAGUUUCCUAUAUUCACCUUGAGUCCAUCCCACUUUCGCUCCGCGCCAUGUUCGACCAAUACUUUCAGCUUGGUCACCGUCUUCGCAAACAUUACUUGGCUCCUCGUGUGAUCUUUUGUCUCAUGACGGGGCGCUUCGUCCCCCCAAUUCAUCGCCGUAACCUCUACAGUAUGCAAUACAGCAUGCUCCCGGCACGUCGUGCAGGCAUGAGUGAGGUCUGGGCCAUGUUGACUCAGCCCAAGAAAGGCGGAAAUGGAAGUGCAGGUGGAAGUGCCAUGGGUGGAUUGAGCGCUUUGAAUAAUCCUGUUCCGAAAGUUCCGCCUCAUUUUGGACAAGGUGAUCUUCGCCGAAGAGGUAGCUAUCGGUGA